ACAGGCAGUCCAGCUCUGCAGAUCCUUUGCGUCGUGCCUUCGCUUGCUGCUGACCAGUAGUAACUCUCGUCUGUGAAGGGUGAUCUCGGGUGCGAAGCUUGCUGCUGUGACUGUUCGAGCGAGAGAGGAUGUCGCCGCUGCUGGCGCCGCCGUCGUCGGAGCCGGAGCCGCCGUUCCGGCCGCGCGAGAAGAUCGUGGAGAAGCAGAGGUACUUCCAGAGCAUCCACAGGCCGACGUACCUCAAGGGCCGCUACGACGCCAUCACCUCCGUCGCCAUCCCGCUCGCCCUCGCCGUCUCCAGCAUGUACCUCGUCGGGCGCGGGAUCUACAACAUGUCCCACGGCAUCGGGAAGAAGGAGUGAGCCCUCGCCAUGGCGGUCGCGACCUUCGUCCUCGUCUCGAUGGACUCUGGUGUUGCUUGCCGACGAGCCUGAUCUCCUGCAGAUAAGGUGUGAGAAGUCGAGUGUGAUUUGGGAAAUGCUCAGCCUGUGUCAGCCACUUGGAGUUGGAGCCCCACGUGUCUGUGACAGAGGAGUUGGGCCUGGA